AUGGCUUCUAGUUUUGUUUUUCUCCUCCUCUCUUCUCUCAUUCUUACGACUUCGUUUUGGUCGGCUUUCACCGUAGCCGAUGCCGUCGGGAGCGACGAUCCUUUGAUCCGUCAAGUCAUUGAUCGGAGCGGCGAUGGUAACGAGAACUCGCUGAGCGCCGAGCACCGUUUUACGAUGUUUAAGAGGAGAUUUGGGAGGUCGUAUGCUACGAAGGAGGAGCAUGAUUAUAGGUUAUCGGUUUUCAAGGCUAAUCUGCGCCGUGCCAGGCGCCACCAGAAGCUCGAUCCUUCCGCCGCCCACGGCGUCACUCAGUUCUCCGAUAUCACUCCUGGAGAGUUCCGACGCCAAUUCCUCGGCCUCAACCGCCGUCUCCGUCUCCCUAUCGAUGCUAACAAGGCUCCAAUCCUUCCUACGAACGAUUUGCCUUCUGACUUUGACUGGAGAGAUCAUGGUGCCGUCACGCCGGUUAAGAAUCAGGGCUCUUGUGGAUCAUGCUGGUCUUUCAGCACUACAGGGGCACUGGAAGGUGCCAACUUUCUGGCAACAGGGAAGCUUGUGAGCCUUAGCGAGCAACAACUUGUGGAUUGUGACCAUGAGUGUGAUCCAGAAGAAAAAGGUUCAUGUGACUCUGGCUGUAAUGGUGGACUCAUGAAUAGUGCUUUUGAAUACUCUCUCAAAGCCGGUGGACUCAUGCCAGAAGAAGACUAUCCUUACAGUGGCUCGGAUCAUGGAGCCUGCAAGUUUGACAAGAACAAGGUUGCUGCCAAGGUAACUAACUUUAGUGUGGUUUCCCUUGAUGAAGAUCAAAUUGCUGCAAAUCUGGUCAAGAAUGGUCCUCUUGCAGUGGCUAUCAAUGCGGCUUUCAUGCAGACAUACAUUGGAGGAGUUUCGUGUCCAUACAUAUGCUCUAAGCAUUUGGAUCAUGGUGUCUUGUUGGUUGGUUAUGGUUCGGCUGGCUAUGCUCCAAUUCGAAUGAAAGAAAAACCAUACUGGAUCAUAAAGAACUCGUGGGGGGAGAAGUGGGGAGAGAAGGGAUACUACAAAAUUUGUCGUGGCCGAAAUAUCUGUGGAGUCGACUCAAUGGUUUCUACCGUUGCAGCUGCAAGUACCUCACAGUAG